AGCUGGUCUGCACAGUCUCUGAGGAGUCUGGAACCGAUUCCAUCAGGACCUGCGGCUUUCCUGAUCUUGAUCUUUUUUAGCUCACUUCUCACCUGAUCAGCUGUUAUGGAGAGGCUGGGGGUGGAGGAGGAUGACAGGAGAGGGAGUGAUGGUGGUGGGGGUGAGACAAGGAGAGAUGAUGGGACUCUAUGUGGAGUCCAGAGGUGGUGGAGGGUGGGGGGAGGAGGAGAGGUGUUGUUGGUGGUAUAGAGCUGAGGUGUGAAGAAGGACCUGGCUGGUCAGUGCUUUGAUGAGAGGGGGGAGGAGUGAGAGCAGAGUCAAACCUGAUAAAGAACAGAUUCAGCUCAUUGGCCCACUCCCGGUCUCCUGCUGCAGCUCCCCUCUCAUGGCCUCCGCUGUAACCAGAGAUGGAUCUUAGGUCUUUCCAGACCUCCCUUGUGUUAUUGUUCUUCAGGUGAGAUUCCAUCUUGGUCCAGUAGCUGGCCUUGUCCACCUUGAUCUUCUUCUAUAUCUCCUUCUGCACCUUCCUCAGCUCCUCUUUGUCUCCAGAUCCAAAAACCCUCCUCUUCUCCCUCAGCAGGGCCUUCAGUUCUGGGGUCACCCAGGGUUUGCUGUUAGAGAAACACCGUACUUUCCUGGUCGGUGCGAUGUUCUCUGCACAGAAAUUAAUGUAGUCUGUGAUAUUGUCUGUCAGUGCAUCGAUGUCUUCCCCGUCUGGACCACACAACACAUCCCAGUCUGUGGUCUCAGACCACAGACUGGGAUGUGGUCAUUGCAGGACAUUGUCCUGCAGCGCCUCAGCGGCCUCGACAGACCACUUCUUCACAUACCUUAUGGUGGGGGGUUGUUUCUUCACCAUUGGUAUGUAAAUGGGCUGCAGUCUCACCAGGUUGUGAUCUGAGUGGCGAGGCAGGGGGAGGAGCUGUAUGCAUCUUUGAUGUUUGCAUACUACUGUAUGCAGGGUUUUACUAUCUCUGGUCUGGCAGGUCAUGUACUGAGUGAACGUGGGGAGAGUGGCAGAGAGCGAUGCAUGAUUAAAGUCUCCUGAAAUGAUAAUAAGAGACUGAGGGUCAGAUGUUUGCAGCUGGGACACUUCACUGUGGAUGAGUUCACAGGCUGCAGCCGCAUCAGCCGAGGGAGGGAUGUACACAGUCACAGCUAUUACAUGUGAAAACUCCCGGGGCAGAUAGAACGGGCGCAGACCAGUAAUUCUACAUCCUUAGUGCAGAGUAGGGGUGCAAAAAAAUAUCGAUAUGGCGAUAUACCCCGAUACUAUGUCACCCAAUACAAUAUUGAUUUUUCAGCUCCUAGUAUCGAUUUUUAAUGAAAGCAAUGAUUUGUGUUUCCGACGUCUUGUAAAUACAGUGAGACUUCCGCAUCUCCACUCCAGCAGAGGGCGCGGAAGAGCAUCUGUGUGGCAUAACGGCAUUCCUGCAGUUGAGGCGCGCUUAGUGGCUAUUGGCUAAAGUAUAUGGAAAUAUGGCUAACAAUAUCACGACGCCUUCACAGUAUAAAGCCGACGUUUGGAAGCACUUUGGCUUCAGAUUUGUACAUGGAAGUAAAACCGAGUUAGACAAAGAAAACGCUGUUUGCAAGCUUUGUCUGGCUGCCGUGAAAUAGAGCACGACAAACUUGAGAACUCAUCUAGCAAGACAUCAUGCUGAGGUACUGGCACAGAAGCAGCUCCCUAAGAGUCCUGAACCAAACCAAACUACGCUGGAUAACUUUCUUCCAUUUACCUCACCUCGAGCUCAGCGCAUCACAGAGUCAAUUGUGCAUUUUAUUUUUAAAGAUUUGCGCCCGUACAGUGUGGUUGAAAACACUGGCUUCAGGUGGAUGCUACAUACAUUGGAGCCGCGUUACAAGAUCCCGCAGCGCGUCCACAGCUCUUGAUACAGCUGUGCCCAAAAUGUACGACCAGGUAAAGAAAGCGGUGAAAACGUCGCUGAACGCUGCGCAGAAAGUUGCCCUGACUUGUGACGGUUGGACGUCCAGAGCCACCGAGUCGUACAUUACCAUAACAUCUCACCACAUCUCCAACGACUGGGAAAUGGUUACGCAUGUUUUGCAGACGAGAGCAAUGCAUGAGAGCCACACCGGCAAUAACAUCGCGGAUUUACUGAAAAGGGCAAUAGAGGAAUGGGGCCUACAAGAUAAGGACCCAGUCAUCGUCACAGACAACGCAUCAAACAUGAGCAUUGCAGCAGACCUAGCCAAAAUGAUGCAUUUUAAAUGCUUCGCGCACACCCUCAAUUUAGCUUCCCAGCGCGCACUAAAGUUGCCCGCCGUCCAGCGCUUGCUGGGAAGAGUGAGACGCAUUACCAGUUUUUUCAGACGCAGCACCAUUGCCAGCCACGUACUGAAAGAAAAACAAAAGCUGCUGAAUCUGCAACAGCACAAACUUCAGACUGACGUUGUCACCAGAUGGAAUAGCGCACAUGACAUGCUCCAGCGCUUCCUCGAGCAACAGCCAGCCGUCACUGCUGCCCUCCUCUCAAAUGAGGUGAGAAAGAAUGAAAAAGAUAUCAGCACUCUAAGCGAGGCCGACAUUACAGCUGCAGAAGAAGUAGUCUAUGCUAUGAAGCCCAUGAAGAUUGCCACUGUUGCCAUGGAAGAAGAGAAAUCUCCAACAUUGUCAGCAGUUGCACCAGUCCAUGCCCAGUUGAUUCAAAAACUCCAGGAGAGCCCAAGUGACUCUAAUAUAACAAAAGAGAUCAAAUCUGUCAUAUGCCAGGAUCUUAAGAAGAGGUACUUAGAUGAGCAGAGGGAGACACUUCAUGUUUGUGCAGCUCUGGAUCCCAGAUUUAAGGCCUUGCCUUUUCUGUCUGAGGAUGAACGCCAGGCCGUCUAUGAUAGAGUCAUCACAGAGGCCGCAAGGAUCGAGGAGCUAUUUCAGCAGAGAGGAGCUGAAGAAGAUGAGACAGUGAAGGCAGAGACUCAAGCUGAUGGAGAAGAGGAAGAUGAGGAUGCAGGGCCAGAGGUACUAGAUGUUAAGGAUGAAGGGAGCAGUCAAGAUCCGGAGGAGGAGGAUCUUAAGCAGUCAAGAUCCUUUGCAGCCGUGUCCAGAUCUAAGAAGAGAUCCAGGGAUUCUUGUGACCUUGCUGACCUUCUUGGUCAAACAUAUGCUUCAGGGACUGCAAAGAAGUUGAAGACACCAGAGAACCAGGCACAGGAGGAGAUGGCAAGAUUCGAGGACACUGCUCCGAUGCCAAUUAUCAAAGGGUCCAAUCCACUGAACUGGUGGAAAGAGCAUGAAUGCGAUUUUCCCCUCCUGUCAAACCUUGCAAAGAGGUAUUUGUGCAUCCCUGGGACAAGUGUCUCCUCUGAGAGAGUUUUCUCUACUGUGGGGGACAUUAUCACCGCACAGAGGAGUGUACUUACCCCUGAUCACCUUGAUCAGAUUCUUUUUCUAAACAAAAAUCUAAAAACAAAAGAAGUAAAGUACAAGUACUAGGCCAAUUCAUUUAUCAAAAUGUGAAUAGUUCCCACUGGUUAGUGUCCAUGGACUUUUCAAGUCAGGUGAUGUUUGUAACACCAAGUGUCCAACAUAGACAGUAAAUAUUUUACUGUUAAACACUGCUGUUCAAAAUCCAAACAUAAAGUUACACAAUUUUCAUAGCACUGAAUUUAUUACAGUCAUGAGUUUUACAUCUAGCAUCUUGUUUUCUGAGAGGUUAAAUAUGAUCAUCUAUCACUGUAUCAAUCCCCUUUUAUAUAUAUAUACACACGUGGACAAAAUUGU